UUGGAGGUCUGGAUGGGUCGUCCAUCAGUGUUUGUCACAGUAGCGCGGUGAUCGCACACGCAUUGGCCCGUUCUGCCGAGCUACCGCGCCCCACAGCACAAUGGAGGUCGCUGCGACCGUGAUAGCGACGGAGCGGAGCGCAGGUCAACGCGACCAGACGGAACUGCCGAGCGCCGACCCCUCGGCCAUCCGACGGCACCCGGACACCGAGGAGGCGCCUCCUCGGGAUGAGGAACAGGCCGACUCCAGCCGGCGCGGCACCUGGGGCUCCCAGCUGGAGUUCCUGCUGUCCUGUCUGUCGUACGCGGUCGGUUUGGGAAACAUCUGGCGGUUCCCCUACCUCUGCUACCAGAACGGAGGCGGUGCGUUCCUGAUACCGUAUGUGAUAAUGCUGUUCUGCACGGGCGUGCCGCUGUUCUUUUUCGAGCUGACGCUGGGUCAGUUCACCAGCCGCGGCCCUAUAGCCGUCUGGAGUGUGUGCCCGCUUUUUCAAGGCAUUGGCUACGCAAUGUUUUUCAUUUCAUUGUUCAUCGGUAUCUACUACAAUUUGAUCUUGGCGUGGACCAUCUUCUACCUCUACUCCAGUUUCACAGACAGUCUGCAAUGGACGAGCUGCGACAACUGGUGGAACACAGAAGGCUGUCGGCGGUUUGACGAUAAGAACUGUACGUCUGUCGGCGGCCUCCUGAACGCCACGGGUGACUGUGUGCUGUCCCAUCACGUGGACGACGCCACGUGGCAGCUGCUGAACACGACCGCCAGCCAGCGGAGGAUGCCCGCUGACGAGUUCUUCCAUAAUUUUAUGCUGGGCAUCACGGAUGGCAUCCAUGAUAUUGGGAGCGUCCAGUGGCCGCUGGUCGCGUGCCUUCUGGUCGCCUGGACGCUCGUCUUCCUGGCGCUCCUGAAGGGCGUGAAGAGCUUUGGAAAAGCUGUGUACUUUACUGCCACGUUUCCGUACCUGAUUCUGCUGUGUCUGCUGGUUCGUGCCGCCACUUUGCCGGGAUACAUGGCAGGGAUCUCAUUUUAUGUCACACCGCGCUGGGAGAAAUUGGCGCACGCCAAGGUUUGGGCGGACGCGGCGAUACAAAUUUUCUUUUCGCUCUCACCGUGUUGGGGUGGUCUGAUUACACUGGCGUCGUACAACAAAUUCCACAACAACCACUUCAAGGACGCCAUCAUCAUAUCGUGCGGCAACUGCUUGACAAGCUUCUUCGCCGGGUUCGUGAUCUUCGGCAUCGUGGGCUUCAUGGCACACGAGCUCGGUGUCGAGGUGGACGAGGUCGUGGCCCAAGGUGAGCGAACGAGUCCAUUUCCACUUUCCACUCUUCAGCGGUCUAAACUCAAAAAGAAAGUGGAAACACAUCGGCAUAUUUGUAUGUGA